AUGAUUGGGCCAUGCACAAAUUAAUUCAUCUUCCUAACUGUAAACUACAACCAUAAAUUCCCAUCACAAAUUCAAUCAACACUUCACCAAAUCGUCUCUAUAAAAAGAAACAUAAUUUUAUGCAUGUCAAACACACAAACUCACUCACACACAAAAAUAGUAACUCAGGUGCUUCUACACAUACCAAAAAACAAAACAAAAAUUAUAGCAAUGGCUGCCAUAAUGAAGCCAAUCAGCAUGCUCCUCAUCGCCGCCGUGAUGAUGGUGGCAGUGGCACCGCGGAGCGAGGCGGCGAUCGGGUGCGGCUCGGUGGUUUCUUACCUGAACCCUUGCGUCCCAUACGUGACAAACAAGGGCCCCAUGGGAGGCUGCUGCAAUGGGGUCAAGGGGCUGUACAGCGCCGCCAAGACCACCCCCGAUCGCCAGAGCGUCUGCGGCUGCCUGAAAUCCCUCGCCGGCUCGUAUUCCGGCGUGGACUACGGCAAGGCCGCCGCCCUGCCCGGCCAGUGCGGCGUCAGCAUUCCCUACAAGAUCAGCCCUUCCACUGACUGCUCAAAAGUGAAAUGAGUUGAUGAAUAUGAAGAGGAGUGAUAGGCAAUGAAGCAACAGCUAGGCCAUCUACAUGAUGUAAUAUAAAUCUAUAAAUAAAUAAAGUUCAAGUCCACAUAUGUUAGUGAACCUGAACUUGCAUGCGUAUAUCUUGAUGAUGUAUCCGUUAAUUACUUUCCUAAUGCUUAGUUGAUUAUCUUCCUUUUUCAA